CAAACGAUUCCAUUGUUUUUUACUUUUCUUUCUUUUCUUUUAAAAAUUUAAUUAUAAUGGAUGAUUAUAAAUUUAUGUUAAAAUUAUCUAAAAAUUUACUUGAAGUUCUAAAUGAUGAUGAGUAUCAUGAUGUUACCAUUGAAGUCGGUAUUGAUCCAUAUAUAAAAAUAUUUCGUGCACAUACCAUUAUUUUAUAUUAUCGUUCUCCUCAUUUGAAAAGAAUUUUAUCAACUAAUAAAAAGAAAAAUGACGAAACUUUGACGCAAGUUAAAUUACCAAAUAUUUCACCCGAAAUUUUUCAAAUAAUUUUAAGAUAUAUUUAUGGAGGUAGAAUAUCUUUGAAAAAGUGUGAUACUUAUAAUAUCAUUAAAAUCUUGAUUGCUGCUAAUGAAUUAAAUCUUGAGGAAUUAAUCAUUUAUAUACAAUCCUUUUUAAUUAAAAAUAAAACAAAAUGGAUGGAAGAAAAUUUUGAUUUAGUAUAUCAAACAAGUUUCGAAAAUAAUUCUUUCUUGGAACUUCAAAAAUAUUGUACUAAUCUAAUAUCUGAUGAACCUGAUAAGAUAUUUAAUUCACCAAAAUUUUUUUCGAUUCCGGAAAAACUUUUGAUUUCUCUUAUUCAAAAUGAUUAUCUUGAAAUGAACGAAGUUCAAAUUUGGGAGAAAGUGAUUAAAUGGGGAAUCUCUCAACAUCCAGAAUUUCCUUCCAAUUUUACAGAUUAUUCUAAAGAUGAAUUAAAAACUUUAAAGAAUACUUUACAACAUUGUAUCUCAUUUAUUAGAUUUUAUAAUUUAUCUUCUGGUGAAUUUAUGGAUAAAGUAUUACCUUAUAGAAAACUUUUACCAAAGGAGUUAUAUGAAGAUUUAUUGAAAACUUUUUUGAAUCUUCUGGAUCCUAAUAGUAAGUCAAGUAACAAAUCAAACCCUCGUAAGAUUAAACAUAACAAAUCAAAUCAAACUUCAUCACAACAUGAUGAUGAACCUAGGAUAAACAAGGUUCAAGGAUCUUUAUCAAAUGAUGGAGAAAAAACAUUCAAAUGGAAAUCUUCUGAACCUUCAUUGAAAACUGAUAAACCUACUGGAUUUGUACUACCAUCAUCAUUUAAAUCUGAAAAAUCUGAUCAAUCUAAUGUGCCUGGAUUUUCAUCAAACGAUACGAACAAACCUAUUGGAUUUGGAUUUGGAUCAUUUAAAUCUGAAAAAUCUGAACAUUCUAAUGUGCCUGGAUUUUCAUCAAUUAAAUCUGACGAAACUAGCCGAUUUUCACCAAACGAUACGAACAAACCUAUUGGAUUUGGAUUUGGAUCAUUUAAAUCUGAAAAAUCUGAACAUUCUAAUGUGCCUGGAUUUUCAUCAAUUAAGUCUGAUGAACCUAACCGAUUUUCAUCAAACGAUACGAACAAAUUUACUGUAUCUGGAUCAUCAUCAUUAUUUAAAUCUGAAAAAUCUGAACAUUCUAAUGUGCCUGGAUUGUCAUCAGACGAACUUAAACGAUUUUCUUUUAUGUAUGGGUUACCAUCAUCAUUUUUAAAAUCUGAAAAAUCCGAACAAUCAAAUGUGUCUGGAUUUUCAUCAAUUAAAUCUGAUGAACUUAAACGAUUUUCAUCAAACGAUACGGACGAAUUACUUGGAUAUGGGUUACCAUCAUCAUUCUUAAAAUCUGAAAAAUCCGAACAAUCAAAUGUGUCUGGAUUUUCAUCAAUUAAAUCUGAUGAACCUAAACAACUUUCAUUAAACGAUACGGACGAAUUUCCUGGAUUUGGAUUAUCAUCAUUUAAAUCUGAAAAGUCUGAGAGGAGAAAUUAAUCUAAAUUAAGAAUUCGUUAUUCAUUAUAUUGCAGAUCUUGUAAAGUGAAGGAUAAUGAUCAUGUCCUGUCAUUUUAAUGGAAUCAUUAUUGUACAUCUAAACAGUUUUAAAGUGUAGAUAGUAGCAAAAUUUGCAUUGAUUAAUAUGGAUAAGUAAUAUUUAUUGGGUUUUCUAUUGUGAAAUGAUACAAAUAGUUUAUUGUUUCAAUUACUUUAUUUAAAUCCUGAAAAUUUCUUUUACUUUUAGAAGAGAAUUAUUUAAAAAUGAUUAUAUUUAUUUUAUUUAAU